AUGAUCACAAAAAAAUCAAGCCUACGACCGCCUGUCAAUGUACCUCUUCGUUUCGAGGAUAGCUCUGUGGGUGCAGAGAACCACCCAGUUGAUACUAAUCACUCAGUACCGAGCAUGUUCUUUGCACUUGGACCAGGAUAUCGAGGCGGUUUCGUUAAUGAUCGGCUGACUGACAACACAUCUAGUCCUUCUUACGUACAACCUAGUGCCAUAUAUAUAGAUUCCGGCUUCCAUGGUGGGGAAGAUGUGGGAAUUUGGGCUGAUGGGCCUUUCUCGGAAUUGUUCUCUGGAGUUCUCGAGAAUACCGAAAUAGCCUACUUGAUCAAGUAUUUAUUAUGUAUCGGAAACUCUGGUCACAACAUAUGUGACUCAGAAGAACAGAAUACGUCAUUAUUCAACCAGCUCACAAGUAAGUUGUGA